GAGACUGUGGCAUUACACUGAGACUUACCUUGGCACCAGCUGCCCAGAGCCUGGCGAGAAAAGGGCACAGAUUGAAUGUGACUGGAGGAGAUGGGGGAUUGGAUGGUUAGAAGGGAAUGGUGAGGAGAGUGACCCGAUCCCUUACACUGGGCUCCUGAAAUAAUCACAGGGACCUGGAGGAUGGUCGGCCACCUGCUUCUUAUGGUUUUAUGGCUCGGGGUUGCUCCCAGCUUUUCUAUCGAUGUCCCGUUACCAGCCGCGAUUUUGAUCAGAGGAGAACCCGUGAGGGUGACGGCACUUGGGGGGCGGCAGAGGAGAUCCCUGCCGGAGAAUGUCACCGAGGAGACAAAGUGUGCGGGUGAUGAAUACAAACACCCAGACCUAAACCAUUGCUGCAAGAAGUGUUCUGCAGGUUACUAUAGGACACAGCAUUGUCCUGAAAAGAACAAAGUAACAGUGUGUCAGCCUUGCAAAGAGGGCACCUUUACUGAAUUAUCCAACUACAUAACAAGGUGCAAAAGAUGCUCUUCCUGCAUUUCCCAAAAUUGGCAAGUGGUUGUACGGGGUUGCACUCAGGAUAAGGAUACUGUGUGUGGGUGUCGUCGGAGUCAGUUCCAAGUCAAGGUUGCCAAUACUUUCAAAUGCCAGAACUGCAGCCACUGCUUGAAUGGAACUGUUAGCGUCCCAUGUAAUGGUUACAAUGACACCAUCUGCACGUGUCACUAUGGCUUUUACUUUGACUGGGGAAGCAGGAAAUGCCUUUCCUGUGAUAUGUGCAAUGAUCAAAACUGUCAACAGCACUGUCCUCCUAAAUUAGAAGUUAAAACAACAAAUCCUGAAGAAAUCCCUUAUUGGCUGUAUGCACUGCUGGGCCUCCUAUCUCUCAUAUGUUUGGCUGGUGUGACGACUCUCAUUGUUCGCAAACAUUUGAAGAAGUACAUUUGGAACGCUCACAAGGUGCCGUCACCGAGUUCCAUGACAGAUCCAAAGUCUCUGAGUGAAUCUCCAUUAAUUGUGAAAACCGAGGACCCACAGUCGGUGAGCUCUAUCUCAGGAAACAUAGUCCAUACUGGGCAGUAUGUGCAGGGGGCCGAGGAGGUGCUCUGCAAGUCUCUCCCACUGCCCGAUGUCACGCAACCAACUCGCAUCCAGUGUUUUCAGGAUCCAGUGGAACUGUACACUCUGGUCGACAACAUCCCUAUACCCCGCUGGAAGGAGUUCGCCAGGCGCCUGGGCCUCAGUGAUAAUGACAUUGACAGAUCGGAAAGAGAUAACCGGUGCUGCAGGGACGCGCAAUACGACAUGCUUCAGACCUGGAAGGACAGGGUGGGACACUCUGGGUCUACAAGAGACACAGUUUGCAAAGUCUUGAGGGAGAUGGAAUUAGCGGGAUGUAUAGAAAAGAUCCAGGAAUGUCUCUAGCUGCCAGUGUUUGGGCAUCGGAAACUCUACGCCAGCCAUAGGAUAACAAGUGUCAUUGGACUCAUCUGUAGUUCAGAACCAGCACUGCUGAAAGGGGCUACAGGAAUGUACAGGACUUCAUAUCGUAGUUUGUAUAUUGUCAGUUUUGAACCUAUUUUUUGCCAAUUGUAUCUUUUCUACAACCAGGUGUAACUAGGUGCUACCUCACAUUCGGCUUCUUCAAAGGUGCAAACUUUUCCAUAUUAUCUGAUUCCUAUGUCAAGUGUUGUGCCAGGAAUCAUAUAUUUUAUAGUAAGGCUCUUUGCCUAAUUGGAAAAAAAACUAACUUUAGAUUGCAAGCUCUACAGGGCAAGGACGCUGUGCUGGAAAAUUUUGGACAACAUUGUGUAAAUCUUGUAACAUUUAUUAAAAAAAUAUAUAUAUAGA